AUGCUGACAAACAACAGUGAGGUGAGGAUUGUGAUGGUGGGGAAGACCGGGAUUGGAAAGAGCGCCACCGGAAACACCAUUCUGGGUCGAGACUACUUCCAGUCCAGAUGCAGCCCCAGGUCUCUGACUGUGGACUGUGCUAAAGGCCGGACUGAAAUAGACGGACAGACAGUCGCCGUCAUCGACACUCCUGGGUUUUUCGACACCAGGUUUGACGAGAAGAAAACAACCAAAGAUCUGAGUCAGUGCAUCUCCUUCGCUUCUCCUGGACCCCACGUCUUCCUAGUGGUCAUCUCACUGACCAGGUUCACCGAGGAGGAGAAGCAGACGGUGAAACAGAUCCAGGAAGUGUUUGGACAGGCCGCAGACAGAUACAGCAUGGUCCUCUUUACGCAUGGAGACAACCUGGAAGGAACCACCAUUGAAAGGUUCCUGUCUGAUAGUCCAGAUCUGCAGGAGCUGGUGUACAGAUGUAACGGUCAGUACCACGUCUUCAACAACAAGCUGAGGGACAAGAAGCCUCAGGUCCUCCAGCUCCUGCAGAAGAUCAGAGACAUCGUCCAGAAGAACGGAGGAAGCCACUACACCAACGAGAUGUUCCAGGAGGCUGAGAGGAAAAUCGAAGAGGAGAAACAACGAAUCCUGAGGGAGAAAGAGGAGAAAAUACGCAGAGAGAGAGAAGAACUGGAGGGAAGGAUAAAGGAAAAGACAAAAAUGUUGAAUGAAUUAAAGGAGAAUCACGAGAGAGAGAUCAGACAACAACGAGAGCAGCUGGAGGCGCAGUUUGCUGCUGCGGCUCGAGAAGAAGCUGAGACCACUAGUCCUCUCAGCUGGCUUGGAGACAUCGCAAACUUUAUAUUUAACGGGAUCGGCACGGCUAUCGCUUCGAAACUGAUGGGAAAAUUCAAAUAGUUUGUCUCGUUCUGGAGAGUUUUUAAUCAAAACAUAACAUUUAAACAACAAACUGACUCAUCGGGAGAAAAACUCACUUUUCUGCAGAUUCUGUGAUUAAAGUUACAUCCUGUACAUG